UAACGGUUUUCCCGGAUGUGGCGAAGUGCGUCGGUCCGUCCAUUAUAAUUUACACAAAUUAUCAGUAUAUGCCGAAAAUGCUGCAUACAGUGUGCCUCCACUACCGAAAAUAAUUCUAAACUGCGUGUUUUUGCAAUCUUAAAACCAGUCUAGAUUGAUUACAUGUAUCAGGUGCUAUGGACAGAGGGUGAGAAAUGCGUGAUAUGUGAUUUGUUUGCAGAAUGAUCAGUUAACGGUGCAGACAGACCCUGCGGCUAACAUUAGCCUAUUCCACUCUGUCACAGCGUAGGUUUUUAGUCGUUUUCAAGUCAUUUGCUGGUUUGACUCACGAUGGCAGACGACAUUCAUUCAUCUACUACUGACUGAAACUAUGAUGUGCGGUUAUUCAGGUAACAUUCAGUUGACAGAUGAUUUUAUAGGGUUUAAAUGAAUGAACAAUCACACAGGGCUUAUCUGCUGGUGCUAUGGAUGAGUAAGGCACAAAUAUGUGUCAGGUUAGAGAAGGUUUUCCUGGCAAGAAAGGGCAGUGUAGGUAAUGUUUGCAGAUGGUCAGAAUGUUUUGGAUCAGGAUGUGGAGAAACAACAACCCAAACCACUGACACCUAUAACUGAGCAGGAGUGAGAAAGGAGGCUCUCUUCUCAUGGAUGUCUGCAGUAAAAACUCAAAUCGCACAGCACCGGUGACUGAAGGGGGACCCAGGCGAGCCGAUGUGCCUCUGUGCUCUCGCACUAAUGGUUGGAGCUGGCCCCCGCACCCCUUCCAGCUCCUGGCCUGGCUGCUGUACUUGUACUUUGCUGUCACUGGCUUUGGUGUGUUUGUGCCUUUGCUCCCUACACACUGGAUCCCAGCUGGAUAUAUUUGUACAGGGAUCACAUUUGUCUGUCACCUGUUUAUGCACCUUAUGGCAGUUUCCAUCAACCCUGCCGAUUAUAACGUAAGAGCUAAGAGUUACAAGGGACCCCUGCCGGUGUUCGAUCGCACCAAACAUGCACAUGUCAUUGAGAACUGUCACUGCUACCUCUGUGAAGUGGAUGUGGGUCCCAAGUCAAAACAUUGUAGUGCUUGUAACAAGUGUGUUGCGAGCUUUGACCACCACUGUAGAUGGCUGAACAACUGUGUGGGCAGCAGAAACUACUGGCUUUUCCUCAACAGUGUGAUUUCUGCUCUUCUGGGGAUUGUUUUGGUUGUAGUUAUUGCCAGUUUUGUUUUCAUAGAGUUCUUUUUGGACCCAUCAAAACUCAGAUCCGACAAGCACUUUCAACAGGUAAAGAACGAGUCUGUGGUGUGGUUUGUCUUUCUGCCUGUGGCUCCAGUCACCACAGCAGGUCCCGCCAUUCCUGCUCUGGCAGGAGUAACCAUUGCCCUGGGACUACUGUCUGCACUUUUGCUUGGCCACUUACUCUGCUUUCACAUAUACCUCAUGUGGAACAGACUUAGCACAUAUGAGUAUAUUGUGCGACAGCGGCAUCGACAAGAGUCCAAAGAUAUCAGAAACUCCCCUUCAGAGAAUGAAUCAGGCCUUCCAAAGACGAAUCUUAUCAAGCAACAAGUCAGUUACUCUGGAACAUUAGGCUAUACCAACCCUGAGAUGGAGGUGGAAGAUCCCAGUGCCAUGAGCUCCCAAGAAGGAUCAGCGCAUUAUGGCAACGGCAGGAUCAGAUGCUCAUCCGAAAAAAUGGGUGAAGAUGAGCUCCACCAAGCUGUCCUGCAGCCCAGAGCAUCACCUCUGCCACACAAACAUACACAGAAGAAAAAGAGGAAAGUACGCAAACUUGCAACCGAGUUGAGCAGUGACAGGUCCACUGACACCAGUGUCACCAAAGGCAUGCCAAAAACUUCUGGGGAGCAGGAGUCCUCUGUAGCUGCUGCCACCGUGUCCGCAUCUCUCGGUCAACGUUUACCCUUCCCAGCAUUUCCCAUGCGGUCCUCCCUCCCCCCUCUUGGGCCUGUACAGGCAGCUGGUCCCCCCGCUGAGUAUCAUUCUGACUCCGCAGAAUCCCUGGAGGAGAUCCCCGUAGCAAUGGCCCGGCUCGGCAGCGCCGCCCUGGCGGGGCUUCCAGCCCCCAUCUGCACUUCUGCCCCUGCAGCUUCAGCCACUUACUCCUCUUCCCUCCAAUGCGCUUUGCCACCCUCUGCAGCUGGGCAACUUCUACCUUACCCUCAACCCAGGACCAGGAGGAAGGCAAAUGGUCGUAGAGCUGCAGAGCAGAGGUUUGAGAUGAUGUCCCAUAAUACAUCUGUGUUUGCAAGUCGAGCGAGCGGGGAACCUGCUGUGCCUCAAAAAGGCACAAGUGCUGAAGAAAGUCCCUAUUUGGCAAAAAGGAAAAGGACCGGUAAAAAGAGAAGUGUGGAAGAUCCCAACCCCAGCUAAAGGGUGGAAACGACUGCUACACUACAGAGACACAUCGGUUGGUUUCAGUCAGGACUAAUCAGGCAGUCGGACGGCAUCAAAAAAUUCCAGCUUUUGAUGAGAAUCGCAUAGACUUGUAGCUCUGAUAACCUGAUGCAACCUAUGCAGAAAACACUAAAUGUCCGCAAUGAGGCUAAAUGCCUGGAAUAAGAGGUUCCAGUUAUCAAACCCCUCAGGGUAAAGACAUUUCUUUGCUCAAUAACAUUAGGUCAAAAAGUUGCUAUAGCCAUGUUUGAAAAAGGGGUUAUACAAAGCUCAGAAUUGCAUACAUUGAAAUAUUUAAGAGGUUAUGAGUUAUGAAAGAGUGGAAGCUGAUUGUGGAUCUAGACAUUGUUAACCCACAAUCACCUCAUGAAUCUUGAGGAAAGUUUAGAAAAUACAAUGUUAUUUAGCUUUUCAUUCCAGUACAUUUCACUACGACUCUAAUGUAGCAUCGCACAAAUACAUUUUAAUACUUUAACAUGCUUACUUUAAUAUUUAACGGUAAUGCAGCCCUUAAUUUAUAAAUGUUAUUUGCCAAAGUUUUGCAUUCCGUUUUUUAAAAUGAAACACAUUUUUUUCAGUAUUUGUACAUUGUACAAAUGUUACAAUAAGUUUUUCAUUAAAUUAUUGUUGUUAUUGUA